AUGAAGCUUGCGAUCCAGUCCCCAGAGAUCGCCAGCAUCUCGCUGCACAAGCGCAUUCCAACCCACCUCCACCUCUACGUGAUCCCCUUCCUCUCACUCUACCCCAUCUGGGCGUAUGCCUACUUUGUCAAGUACGACGAGUGGGUCAGGUCCGAGGAGUGGACCUUCGUCUUCACCGUCCUUCUCAUCUCCGGCCACGCACUCAGCUUCCUCAUCACCAAGUGGAGCAUCGCCGCCAGGGCGCUCACCACCUGCGUCUCCGCCAAGGGUCUCGAAGAUGCCCAGCUCGUCCGCAUCCACCCUUUGCCCCACAAGGGCGAGGGUGCCAUCGUCUCUCUUGACCGCGUAGAGCGCUCCAACCUGCCCAUCGAGAUCUCCUUCACUUACCAAGCCGAUAAAUACAUCCUCGCGACCCCAGACCCGUCCGCGGCCCCGACCGACAUCUUUGUCUCGCCGCUCAUCGAUGUUCCCACCUUCCGUCGCCUCCCUUACCCCGCUGACUCCAAGCCGCCCCUCUCCAAGUUUCAGUCCAACCGCGGCUUCAAGACCGAGAAGGACGUCGAGCUGGCUCUCGGCACCUUUGGCAAGAACGAGCUCGACAUUCCCAAGCCCAAGUUCGUCGACCUCUUCCUCGAGCACGCCGUCGCACCCUUCUUCGUCUUCCAGGUCUUCUGCGUCGGUCUGUGGAUGCUCGACGAGUACUGGUACUACUCGCUCUUCACGCUCUUCAUGCUCAUCGUCUUCGAGUGCACCGUCGUCUUCCAGCGUCUGCGCACCCUCAGCGAGUUCCGGACCAUGUCGAUCAAGCCGUACAACAUCUGGGUCUACCGCGCCGGCAGGUGGGCCGAGAUGCAGACCUCUGACCUCCUUCCUGGCGACCUUGUCUCCAUCGACCGAUCCAAGGAGGACUCUGCCACUCCUUGCGACCUCUUGCUUGUAGCAGGCUCGACUAUCGUCAACGAGGCCAUGCUUUCCGGUGAGAGCACGCCGCUGCUCAAGGAGAACAUCGAGCUGCGCGACGGCAAGGACAUCCUUGACGUCAAUGGCGCCGAUCGCAACAAUGUCGUCUUCGGUGGUACCAAGGUGCUCCAAACCACUGCACCCGAGGCUGACAGCAGCUACGCCAAGCUGCGUGCUCCGGACAACGGUGCGCUCGGCAUCGUCCUCCGCACUGGAUUCGGCACGUCUCAGGGUCAGCUCAUCCGCCUCAUGGUCUUCCAGAACGAAUCGCGCGUCACGGCCAACAACCUCGAGAGCUUCGUCUUCAUCGGUUUCCUGCUCAUCUUUGCCAUCGCCGCCAGUUGGUACGUGUGGGUGCGCGGAAACGAGAUGGAACGCCCCAAGGGCAAGCUUCUACUCGAUUGCGUGCUCAUCAUCACCUCGGUCGUGCCGCCCGAGCUGCCCAUGGAGCUGUCCAUGGCUGUCAACGCUUCGCUCAUGGCUCUCGCCAAGCACGCUAUCUUCUGCACCGAACCCUUCCGCAUCCCCUACGCCGGCCGCGUCGACGUUUGCUGCUUCGACAAGACCGGUACCAUCACUGGUGAAGACCUCGAGGUGCAAGGCGUAGUCAACUGCUCUCCCGGCGGUGACUCGCCGCUCAUCCCGCUCAAGGAGGCUUCGGCCGAGACGACGCUGACGCUUGCCUCGGCUCACGCCCUGGUCCUGCUCGAGGACGGCCUCGUCGGUGACCCCAUGGAGAAGACCACGCUCGAGGCCAUGGACUGGAAGCUCAACAAGGGCGACCUGCUCACGCCUACGGACCCCAAGGCUGGCCCGCACCGAUUUGGCGUUCAGGUCCGCCGCAGGUUCCAGUUCUCGUCGGCUCUCAAGCGCAUGUCGACUAUCAACCACGUGAUUGACCAGUCGGGCAACCGCCGCGUGAUGAUCGCCGUCAAGGGUGCGCCCGAGACGCUCAAGACCAUGUUCGCCCAGCUUCCUGCGCACUACGACGACACAUACAAGGGCUUUACGCGACGUGGAUCGCGUGUGCUUGCGCUCGGAUACCGAUUUGUCGACAACGUCUCGGCCAACGACACCAAUGCCAUCAACAACAUGCAGCGUGACCAGGUCGAGGCCGGACUCAAGUUCGCCGGCUUCCUGGUCUUCCACUGCCCGCUCAAGCCCGAUGCCGUCGAGUCGCUCAAGCAGCUCAACGACUCGUCGCACCGCUGCAUCAUGAUUACGGGUGACAACCCGCUGACGGCCGUGCAUGUGGCUACGCAGGUCGAGAUUGUGGACCGUCAGACGCUCAUCCUCGACGUGCGCGAGGGCGCGACUUCGGAGCAGGACCUCGUUUGGCGAUCGGUCGACGAGUCGGUCGUGAUCCCGGUCAAGGCAUCGGACCCGAUCGACACCAAGCUGUUCGACACGUACGACAUCUGCAUCACGGGCGUCGCCAUGAAGCAGUACCAGGACAACGCGACGGCUUGGGACGCACUGGUGCAGAACACGUGGGUGUAUGCACGUGUCUCGCCCUCGCAGAAGGAGUUCAUCCUCAACUCGCUCAAGUCGCUUGGCUACAUCACGCUUAUGGCUGGUGACGGCACGAACGAUGUCGGUGCGCUCAAGGCGGCCAACAUCGGUGUGGCGCUGCUGGACGGUACGCCCGAGGACCUCGCCAAGAUCGCCGAGCAUCAGAGGAUGGAGCGCAUGAAGAAGGUGUACGAGUCGCAGCUGUCGCUAACGGCGAGGUUCGGUCAGCCGCCUCCUCCCGUCCCGCCCAUGCUCAAGGAGAAGUUCCCGGAUCUCGAAAAGGCUCGCGAGGAUGCUCUGGCCAACAUGAACAGUGCGCGUACUACGGACCGCGCGGCCAAGUUUGACCUGUCGACCAUCACGGCGUCGAUGGCGGAUGCCGAGCUCGAUGACGGUCCGCCGCAGAUCAGGCUUGGAGAUGCGUCGGUUGCGGCGCCGUUUACGUCGAAGCUGUCGCAGGUGGCUUCGGUGCUGGCGAUCAUCAGGCAGGGAAGGUGCACGUUGGUGGCGACGAUCCAGAUGUACAAGAUCCUGGCGCUCAACUGUCUCAUCCAGGCCUACUCGCUCUCGGUGCUGUAUCUGGAUGGUAUCAAGUUUGGAGACUACCAGGUGACGAUCUCGGGCAUGUUGGCCUCGGUUUGUUUCCUGUGCAUCUCGCGAGGGCAGCCGAUCGACAAGCUUUCCAAGGAACGUCCUGUGGCCAACAUCCUGAACGCCUACGUUUUUGGAUCGAUCCUUACGCAGACCGCGCUGCACAUUGCGACCAUGUACUACAUCCAGCGUCUCAGUGUCGUGUUCGAGCAGCCGGAGGAUGUGGUUGAUCUCGAGGCCAAGUUCUCGCCUUCGCUCCUCAACACGGGCGUGUAUCUGCUUGGACUCAGUCAGACGAUUUCGACGUUUGCGGUCAACUACAUCGGUCGACCUUGGCGCGAGAGCAUCCGCGAAAACAAGUACCUUUACUACGGACUUGUUUCCGUGGGUGGUAUUGCGAUUGCGGGCGCCACCGAGUUCAUGCCCGAACUCAACGAGUGGCUCCAGCUCGUCAAGAUGCAACCUGCGUACCAGGUCCAACUCGUCGCUGCCAUGGCCAUCGACUUUGUGGGAAGCUACAUCCUCGAGUCGUUCUGGAGCCUGUUUGCCGACGUCAAACCCAAGUCGCUCGUCACAAAGGGCCAGGAAAGGAGAGUCGAACGACGCAAGCAGGAACAAAUCGCAAAGGCCAUCGAGGCCCAAUCGGCCGAACAAAAGAAAGACCUCUAG